GACAAGUUCUCGCAUUAGAAAUUUCAAAUGUUCUAACUUAAAUAUAACAUUGAAUUGAACCAUCAAAACACUGAAAUCUAGCAAAUGGGGAAUUGCUCAAUCAAGGGUGGUACCACUGGAGAGUGUCACCACUCUAUUCGUGUUAUGUGUGACAGUGGUGCCAUUCUACAGUUCAAAGCUCCUAAAACAGUGGCUCAAGUGCUUCAAGAUUACCCGGGUUAUGGUGUUUUCCGCCAGGGUCAUGCCUCUUCACCUUUGCCAGACCAAGAGAGCUUAAGCUAUGGUCUUUUCUAUUAUCUUCUUCCCCUUAAGGAGGUCCAAGUGGACCAAAAGAGUUGCUGUGACAACCUUGGAGUCUCAGAACAAGCGUGCAAGUCUGCAGCGUGUGAUUAUGUUGAGAGUUUGUCAAAUGGGUCAGCGCUUGAAGUGCUGCCAUCGGCUAAGAAUGGUGUGUGGAGAGUGAAGUUGGUGAUUGAUCCUAAGCAACUAGAGGAGAUUUUGUCCGAGCAGGUGAAUACUGAAGCACUGAUUGAGAAGAUGAGAAUGGCUGCAACUACAUGUGCUACUAAUAGUCCUUCAAGGAGCCCAACCAUGAGCCCUUGGAAAGUGGGGUGGAAGACAACACUCUUCAGUGGGAAGAUUGCUAAAAACACUGCCACUCCAGGGUCAAAUUUCUAUUUGGGUUCUUGUUAGGGAAAGCUUUUCUAGCUAGUAUAGUAUAUGCAGAAAGCGUGUAUGUAGUAUGUUAUGUCAGGUUUUCCCUAACAAACAGGUAUAUUUGGACGACCUGUCCAAAUAUCAAUGAUAUGAUAUGGAUGUAAGGAAUAUUAAACAUUUUUCAGUCUGAUAGCGUUUCCAGGUUUUUGUUUC